AUGGCGUACCAGGCGUGGGUGACCAACGCCCAGACGGUGCUGCGGCGGCGGCGGCGGGCCCAGCGGGAGCAGGAGCAGGAGCGGGCAGGGCAGCUGCGCCCCGGCGGCGACCAGGAACUGGAGCCGGAGGAGGAGCCCGAGGAGGAGGUGGCAGGCCGCAGCCACGUGCUGCAGCGGGUGCUGAGCACGGCGCAGUUCCUGUGGGUGCUGGGGCAGGCGCUGGUGGACGGGCUGACGCACUGGCUGCGCGACUUCACCAGGCACCACCGCACCAUGAGCGACGUGCUGCUCGCGGAGCGCUACCUCCUCACGCGGCAGCUCCUCCCGGACGGAGGGGUGAGCCCGGACGUCUUGGACCAGCUGUACACGAGCGAGGCUGCGCUGCCAGGACCCUCGGAGGCCCAGCAGGCACCGAGCACGGCGUCCAGCGGGCUGGGGGCGGAGGAGCAGCUGAGCAGCGUGACGGACGCCAGCAGCCCCCUGAGCACCGGCUACCACACGCGCAGCGGCAGCGAGGAGGCCGUCGCCGGCCCCGGGGAGGCCAAGGCUUCCCUGCGCGGCUCCCAGGAGCUCCCCGCCAGCCCUCGUGCCCGCACGGCCAGCGAGCUGCUGCUGCACAGGUGCCUGCACAUCCCGGAGCUGGAGGAGGCGGAGCGGUUCGCGGAGGGGCAGGGCCGGGCGCUGCGGCUGCUGCGGGCCGCCUACCAGUGCGUGGCCGCCCACUCGGAGCUGCUCUGCUACUUCGUCAUCAUCCUCAACCACAUGGUCACGGCCUCCGCCAACUCCCUGGUGCUGCCCGUGCUGGUCUUCCUGUGGGCCAUGCUGUCCAUCCCGCGGCCCAGCAAGCGCUUCUGGAUGACCGCCAUCGUCUUCACCGAGGUCACGGUGGUCACCAAGUACCUGUUCCAGUUCGGCUUCUUCCCCUGGAACAGCCACGCCGUGCGGCGGCGCUACGAGAACAAGCCCUACUUCCCGCCGCGCAUCCUGGGGCUGGAGAAGACGGACGGCUACGUCCAGUGCGACCUGGUGCAGCUCAUGGCCCUCUUCUUCCACCGCUCCCAGCUGCUGUGCUACGGCCUCUGGGACCACGAGGAGGACCCGCCGUCCAAGGGGAGCGACAGGACCGGCAGGAAGGAGCGGGGGGCUGAGGAGGGGCCCCAGGAGGGUGCAGAGGUCCCCGAGGCCCCCGCCGAGGACCACGUGCAGGUGGAAGUGAGGGGCGGGGCCGAGGACGGGGCCCCAGAGCCCCAGAGGGAGCAGAAGCCCCGCAGCAUGCGGCACCUCAGUCUGCGUUUGAGGAGGAGGAAGAAGGAGAGCCCGGAGCCCGAAAGACCCGCAGCCGUCGAAGCUGAGGAGGAGGAGGAGACGGAGGAGACAGAGGCUGCCUCGGGGAGACAGAAGCAGCCAAGCCGCGCCCGAGAAAGAGUGAGGGCAGCCGGGCUCCGGCUGCAGAGCUUCUGCCUGGCCCUGGCCCAGAGCGUGUACCGGCCGCUGCGGCGUUUCUUCCACGACAUUCUGCACACCAAGUACCGUGCGGCCACCGACGUCUACGCCCUCAUGUUUCUGGCGGACGUGGUGGACUUCAUCAUCAUCAUCUUUGGCUUCUGGGCCUUUGGGAAGCACUCGGCGGCCACGGACAUCACGUCCUCCCUGUCGGACGACCAGGUGCCCGAGGCCUUCCUGGUCAUGCUGCUGAUCCAGUUCAGCACCAUGGUGGUCGACCGCGCCCUCUACCUGCGCAAGACCGUGCUGGGCAAGCUGGCCUUCCAGGUGGUCCUGGUGCUGGCCAUCCACCUCUGGAUGUUCUUCAUCCUGCCCGCCGUCACCGAGAGGAUGUUCAGCCAGAACGCGGUGGCCCAGCUGUGGUACUUCGUCAAGUGCAUCUACUUCGCGCUGUCCGCCUACCAGAUCCGCUGCGGCUACCCCACCCGCAUCCUCGGCAACUUCCUCACCAAGAAGUACAACCACCUCAACCUCUUCCUCUUCCAGGGGUUCCGGCUGGUGCCGUUCCUGGUGGAGCUGCGGGCGGUGAUGGACUGGGUGUGGACGGACACCACGCUGUCGCUGUCCAGCUGGAUGUGCGUGGAGGACAUCUACGCCAACAUCUUCAUCAUCAAGUGCAGCCGCGAGACCGAGAAGAAAUACCCGCAGCCCAAGGGGCAGAAGAAGAAGAAGGUCGUCAAGUACGGCAUGGGCGGCCUCAUCAUCCUCUUUCUCAUCGCCAUCAUCUGGUUCCCGCUGCUCUUCAUGUCGCUGGUGCGCUCCGUGGUCGGUGUCGUCAACCAGCCCAUCGAUGUCACCGUCACCCUCAAGCUGGGUGGCUACGAGCCGCUGUUCACCAUGAGCGCGCAGCAGCCGUCCAUCGUCCCCUUCACGGCCCAGGCCUACGAGGAGCUGUCCCGGAAGUUCGACCCCGACCCGCUGGCCAUGCAGUUCAUCAGCCAGUACAGCCCCGAGGACAUCGUCACGGCGCAGAUCGAGGGCAGCUCCGGGACGCUGUGGCGCAUCAGCCCCCCGAGCCGGGCGCAGAUGAAGCGGGAGCUGUACAACGGCACUGCCAACAUCACUCUGCGCUUCACCUGGAACUUCCAGAGGGACCUGGCCAAGGGCGGCACCGUGGAGUACACCAACGAGAAGCACACGCUGGACCUGGCCCCCAACAGCCCCGAGCGGCUGCAGCUGGCCAGCCUGCUGGAGGGCACCUCGGCCCAGUCCGUCGUCAUCACCAAACUCUUUCCCAAGUACAUCCGCGCCCCUGUCGGGCCUGAAGCCAACCCGGUGAAGCAGCUGCAGCCCGGUGAGGAGGACGACUACCUGGGCGUGCGGCUGCAGCUGCGCAGGGAGCGCGUGGGCACGGGGGCCGCCGGCUUCCUCGAGUGGUGGGUCAUCGAGCUGCAGGACUGCCAGGCCGACUGCAACCUGCUGCCCAUGGUCAUCUUCAGCGACAAGGUCAGCCCGCCGAGCCUCGGCUUCCUGGCCGGCUACGGGAUCAUGGGGCUGUAUGUGUCGAUCGUGCUGGUCAUCGGCAAGUUCGUGCGCGGCUUCUUCAGCGAGAUCUCGCACUCCAUCAUGUUCGAGGAGCUGCCGUGCGUGGACCGCAUCCUUAAGCUGUGCCAGGACAUCUUCCUGGUGCGGGAGACCCGCGAGCUGGAGCUGGAGGAGGAGCUGUACGCCAAGCUCAUCUUCCUGUACCGCUCGCCGGAGACCAUGAUCAAGUGGACCCGAGAGAAGGAGUAGGGGCCGGCGCGCAGCUGUGACCUCUCCUCCUGGCCCACCUGAGCCGAUGCUGCUGUCAGAAGGACGCUGAGUCCCCUUGCCCUCCCUUUGAGUACUGUAGAGUUUUCUAAUUAAAAACAUUUUUAUUUAUACA